CCUCACGGCGGUGGCGUGGAGACGCGGGGCGCUUCCGGCGGCGGCCGCGACUGUGGGGGUGGGUGUGGAGAAGCCCCUUAUCAGCCUCUGGGUCUCCUCGUGUUGCGGGGUCUCCUUGGCGCGGUGUGCGGAGGCGGCGACAGGCAGACGGCGUUGGAGUGGGCUCCACACCCUAUGUGGGGGCUUGAACUCAAGACUGUUGAGAUCAAGAGUCGCAUGCUCCACCGACUGAGCCAGCCAGGCACCCCUUGAUGUGUUUAAAAUAUACAAUGGUCUCACAUCAGCAACAUGGCUACGGAUUGGCUGGGCAGUAUUGUGUCCAUCAACUGUGGUGAUAGCUUGGGGGUCUAUCAGGGAAGAGUGUCAGCAGUGGAUCAGAUCAGCCAGACCAUUUCUCUCACCCGGCCUUUCCACAAUGGAGUGAAGUGCCUCGUGCCAGAAGUCACCUUCAGGGCAGGUGACAUUACAGAAUUAAAAAUUCUGGAGAUACCAGGUCCUGGAGAAAAUCAACAUUUUGGAGACCUUCAUCAGACAGAAUUAGGCCCCUCUGGUGUUGGGUACCAAAUGGGUAUCAAUCAGAAUGGCACAGGCAAGCUGGUGAAGAAGCCAACCUCUUCCAGCAGUGCCCCUCAGAAUAUCCCUAAGAGGACAGAUGUGAAGAGCCAAGAUGUUGCCGUUUCCCCACAGCAGCAACAGUGCUCAAAGAGCUAUGUGGACAGGCACACGGAAUCCUUGAGUCAGUCCAAAAGUUUCCGUCGUCGGCACAACUCUUGGUCAUCUAGUAGCAGACACCCAAAUCAGGCAACUCCAAAGAAAAGUGGAUUAAAGAAUGGCCAAAUGAAGAAUAAAGAUGACGAGUGCUUUGGGGAUGAUAUCGAGGAGAUCCCAGACACAGAUUUUGAUUUUGAAGGGAACCUGGCCCUUUUUGACAAGGCAGCUGUGUUUGAAGAGAUUGAUACCUAUGAGAGGAGAACUGGUACCCGUUCCCGGGGCAUCCCAAAUGAAAGGCCUACUCGGUACCGCCACGAUGAGAACAUCCUGGAGUCGGAGCCCAUUGUCUACCGGCGGAUCACUGUGCCCCACAACGUGAGCAAGGAGUUCUGCACUGACUCGGGCCUGGUUGUCCCAAGUGUUUCCUAUGAGCUGCAUAAAAAGCUGUUGUCUGUGGCCGAGAAGCACGGGCUGACUCUGGAGCGGAGACUGGAGAUGACAGGGGUGUGUGCCAGUCAGAUGGCAUUGACCCUACUCGGAGGACCCAACAGGUUGAAUCCCAAAAAUGUUCACCAGAGGCCUACAGUGGCCCUGCUGUGUGGCCCCCAUGUGAAAGGGGCUCAGGGGAUCAGUUGUGGAAGGCAUCUAGCCAACCAUGAUGUCCAGGUCAUCCUCUUCCUGCCCAACUUUGUGAAGAUGCUGGAGUCCAUCACCAACGAGCUGUCUCUCUUCAGCAAGACCCAAGGCCAACAAGUAUCUAACCUCAAAGAUCUGCCCACUAGCCCCGUGGACCUAGUGAUCAACUGCCUGGACUGCCCCGAGAAUGCCUUCCUGCGGGACCAGCCCUGGUACAAGGCAGCUGUCGCCUGGGCCAAUCGGAACCGGGCACCGGUGCUCAGCAUAGACCCUCCUGUGCAUGAAGGCGAACAGGGCAUCGAUGCCAAGUGGUCACUGGCUCUGGGCCUGCCUCUACCACUGGGGGAGCGUGCGGGCCGCGUCUACUUGUGCGACAUCGGCCUCCCCCAGCAGGUGUUCCAGGAGGUGGGCAUCAGCUACCACUCACCCUUUGGCUGCAAGUUUGUCAUUCCACUGCACUCUGCCUAGAGGAGCUCUGGGCGCUGCAGUCCCCUGCUGCUCCGGACACACUGAACUUGACAACGAACGCCUUAAGGAUGUGAAGCUUCAUGGACCUUGUUAAAUUUUUUCGCUUUUGGAUUUGUUACUUCUGUGAGAGAACAGAUCAUAUUUAAAAAUGA